UAUAGGGGGGUUAUAGGGGGGUUGUAGGGGAACCGUUGAAGGAGUCUGAAGACUCUGAAACAGUAUUCUGAAAUUAUUUGCUAAUGGGAUGCACUUGGCAGAUAGCCGCGUUGAAGAAAGAGCUAGAGUCUGUGAGGGAGCACCGACAGCAGUAUCGUGAUCGGCGGGCCGCUGUCUCUAUCCCAGUUAUCUCACUGGUUGGCUAUACAAAUGCAGGAAAGAGUACUCUGAUGAACCGUUUGACGGAUGCAGGCGUCUUGUCAGAGAACAAGCUUUUUGCCACUCUUGAUCCCACCACUCGGAGACUAGAGCUGCCUAGCGGGAAGGAGAGUCUCUUCACUGACACCGUCGGAUUCAUCCAAAAGCUCCCAACUCAACUGGUGAGGUGGAGAGAAGGCAGGGAAGGUUGAUGUGUGUGUGGGGGGAGGGAGGGGAGGGGGUAGGGAUUGAUUCGGCAGUGCAGUGUGGAUGUAAAUUUAACCAAAACGUCC